AUGGAUAAUUUCAAUUCUGCGGAUCAGUUGGAGAAACAAGCCAAUGAUGAUGAUGAUGUCCAAUUAAUUGAUGAAAAAGAAGAAGAACCUAGAGAUGAUGAAGGAACUAUUGUAAAAGUUUCCGACAAUCAUGAUGAUUCCAUUACAUUGAAUAUUCAAAAGGAUGAUGAUCAUCACGUUCCUUCUUGGAAAAAUCGAUUAAAAUCCCUCGCUGAAAAGUUAUUGAACAUGAUUGUGGUAUUUGUUCCUUUGGGAUUAUUUUCUUUUGGUGGACCCAUUGCACACAUUUCGCUUUUAGAAAAACAAUUUGUUCGGAAGAAAAAAUGGAUUGAUGAACCACACUUCACUGAACUAUUUUCACUUUCUCAAUCACUUCCCGGCCCUACAUCAACACAAAUGGUCAUUGCUGUGGGCACUAUUUAUUUGAAUAGUAUAUUCGGCGGAAUUUUGGCAUUUGUACUCUUUAGUUUUCCUUCCUUUAUCGUAAUGACUUUGGUUGGAUUAUUUCUAAGCGAUCAAAAUAUUACUUCAUCAUUCCAUCCACUUGUUUUUGUCAUGUUGAACGGAUUUUCAUGUGCAGCCGUGGCUUUGGUUGUUCAAGCUGCUUGGCAAUUAUCAAGAAAGUUAUCAGAUUCGUUAUUUGGAAAAAGUUUGCUACUUUUUGCUUGUAUCACAUUUCUAUUGAUUCCACUUCCAUGGAUACUUGUUGUGUUAAUGGUAUUAGGUGGUAUUCUGACAUUGGUGAAAUUCUAUCUUGAAAAAUUAAUUGACAAUAGAUUGAAAAAUUACAUUACAGAGACAGAAGAAGAAAAAUUGGAAACAUUGAAGAAAUUACUUAAAGAAAAGGAGCAAGAAGAAGGAAUUUUUAACUUUACAUCCUCUCUAAUCAAAGUCAAGACAAUACUUUUGAAAACAAAAAUAUUUUUCUCAAGUUUUAGAAGAUCUCCAAGACAAUUUUCAAACACAAUCCAAUCAGGAUCUCAAUCAGAUAACGAAACAUCUGGUCGGCAACAAACACCGAUAACUACCUUCAAGCCAUGGAUGGGUAUUCUAUUUCUAGGGCUUUUUUUCGUAAUCCUUGGUGGGCUCAUGAUAGGUAGAAUAUUCUUUGAAUUCAAAUAUCUUAUUUGGUUUGAAGCAUUUUAUAGAAUUGGUUGCAUGAUAUUUGGAGGAGGUCAUGUUGUGCUGGGAAUGAUCGUUACAGAGUUUACAGAUUACAUAACUGAACAAGAAUUUUUAAACGGUUUUUCACUUGUGAGCUGUCUUCCUGGACCAAUGUUUAACAUUGCGGCAUAUGUUGGAGCUGUGAUAUCUAAAUCAAUUGUAGGAGCAUUUUUAUGUUGGAUUGCCUUAUUUUUGCCAGCAUUCUUAUUAAUUUGGGGAAUUUUACCUUUUUGGUCCAAAUACAGAGAAAAGGAAAUAGUUCAGAAAAUUCUAUUUGGUAUUAACUCGGUAGCAAUUGGAUUCGUUUACACUGCCAUCUUUUUAUUAUGGAAAGGUUCCGUUCAUAACAACAAUUUGUAUUCAGCUGCGACAGUAGUUCUCAGUUUCACUUUGUUAUGUGUGUAUGAUUGGUCAGCUCCAAUUGUGAUUUUAACUGGCGGAGGCACAAGAGUUGCUCUACAUGAAAUAUUCGAAUCAAAUAUUAACAAUGGUACUAAUACUACACUUCAUUCAUUUUAA